UCGUUAUGAGUAGUUUGGCAGAGGUUCAAUCAGUACUCAAGUCAUCGUUCUCUAGUUCAGAGUUCCACAGCAGUUACAAAAAAACCAAACUAAAAUGGCCAAGAUCGCAGUUGCCCUCUUUCUGUUCGCCCUGUUCGCCGUGGCUAUGGCCGCUCGCGUCGCCCGUGAAGAGCCCGCUGCCGCCGUCGAUCCUCUGGAGCAAUUCAAGACGGAGAUUAGCAAUGCCAUCAAAAAACUGCAGGACCUGGACGGAGAGAAGUUUAAGGCGUUCCUUUCGGACGGUAUUGGCAGCAUCCAGCAAGGCUUGACCAAAGUAAACGAGGCAAUCCAGCAGAAACCAGCUUCCGCCUAAGACGUUGUUGGCUGGCCAUAUAUCAUUACAUCGUAAACGAUUCUAAUAAAUGUUUUGACUUUAACUUUAGUUGCUACAUUAUUAAUGAAGACUAAACAAUGAAAUUAAAACGGUAAUUGCUUUUAACACAAAAA